AUGGGCGGUUCCGGGCGGUUCUGGGCGGUUCUGGACGGAUCUGGACGGUUCUGGCCGGUUCUGGCCGGUUCUGGGCUGUCCUGGGCAGUUAUGGGCGAUUAUGGGCGGUGGGUACAGGGUGGGGCGGCGGGCCCAGGGUGGGGCGGGACAGGUGGGGCUGCUGGCGCGUUUCUAGCAGCUGCUGGCACUGCUGGGGCGUUCCUAGCAGUUGCUGGCGCUGCCGGGGCGUUCCUAGCAGUUGCUAGCGCUGCUAGCACGGUUCUAGCGGCUGCCGACGCUGCUAGCACAGUUCUAGCGGCUGCUGGCGCUGCUGGCGCUGCUGGGGUGUUUCUAGCGGCUGGUUUCAGGGCGACGGGGGCGCGACGCGGAGGGGGACGGGGACGCUAUGGGGAGGGGACGGGAGGUGACGGGGGCGCGACGGGGACGGGACGGGAGGUGACGGGGAAUGCGACGGGAAGGGGACGGGAGGCGACGGGGGCGCGACGGGGAGGACGAUGGGGGCGCGACGGGGAGGACGACGGGGACGCGACGGGGAGGGGACGGGGGGCGACGGGGGCGCGACUCGGAGGGGGGGGACGGGAGGCGACGGGAAGGGAACGGGGUCGCGACGUGGGGGGGGGGCGCGAGGGUCUAGCGCGAUCUGACGGGCCCGCGGGGGGCGUUCUAGGUCGUGACGUGGGGGGGCCCACGGGGGUCCCUUCCUAG